AUGGCGAGAAAAAGCAAAAACCCACCUUCUAGUCGAAGACGUCCACCUAUAUGGUGGACUGCUCAGGAAGAUGGAAUCCUCUUCAGGACUGUCCACACUUGCACGAUUCGUGGGGAGGACCAGUCUCCUCCAUCAGAUCCGAAGAAAGCCAGAAAAGAUACCAUCGCAUGGAAGCUGGUUGCACAAUCAUUACCAGGGAGGACGAAUAGAGAUUGCCGCAAGAGAUGGUUCAAGAUCGACCGUCGCUGGGUGCAAGGGCCUUGGGCGUCAGAUGAAGAGACGCGAUUAAGGGAAGCUGUUGCAAUAUACGGACCCGAAUGGGACGAGGUUUCAGUCUCAGUCAAAACAAGGAAUCCUGACCAAUGCUCGGAGCACUGGGCGCAAAUUCUCCAUCCAAUCGUCGCCAGCAGAAGCCGGGAAGAGACGGAUGAUAUCGAGCUACUAGAUGUAGUUGCUCAUGAUGGCCAUCAAUCAAGUUACGGCCAGACAGAGUUAGCAGGAUGGCCAAUAUUAGAACUCAGGAACCGUGCAAUGUCGAUUUGCUGGCAGCAAAACUCUGUGCCUCGGCGUCCUCAAAUUCCCCAAGCAGCGGCUGUGCUCGGACAGCAUAUCAUUAUGGGAAAUGCAACAUACAAUACUUCCAUCGUUCUACAAGAAAAUCCUGUGAUGCUCGAUAUCUAUCAGCAACCGUUUGGGCAGCCCACCAGCGAGCAUCGAACAAUAUGUGGCAACGGCUUGAUUGAACAGAGCCUCUAUGCAUGCAAUAGCCACGGCGUACCACAGAUUUUAACGUCAUACGCAACACCGACUCAUGAGCAGUCACGAUAUUUUCAGGCACAAAAAUGGGCCUUGGGAGCGUUAGCCAAGGAACAUCACUCCAUAACUGUGGUCGGGAGUGUUGCAGACCAGCAGUUGGGUCCGGUAUUUGAGUAUAUGCUACACCAAGGGAUCCACGCUGCCAUCCACGUUCGUUGA